UUCAAACAUCAUUUGAGAAAAAAAGAAAAUAAAUAACUUCUGAUCAAAUUAAUUGGUCGAUUGAAGUGAAAAAUCUAAGCUUCAACUUGGAAGUAAUCUGGCAAAACAGACGACAUUCUAUUUCCGACGAAGAUAGGAAACAGGAAACGAUGUCGUCUCCGGACAUUGCUUCAAUCUUGGAAAACUCGAGGGAACUCGAUCGGUUGAGGAAAGAUCAAGAGGAUGUGCUCGCCGAAAUCAACAAGCUUCACAAGAAGCUUCAAGCUACUCCUGAGGUAGUUGAGAAACCUGGCGAUUCUUCAUUGUCGAAGCUGAAAACUUUAUAUAUUCAAGCUAGAGAUCUUUCAGAAAAAGAAGUAACGAUUUCCGGCUUGUUAGUAAGUCAACUUGAUGCUUUCUUGCCAUCUGGACCUCCGGGACAACAACGAAGAAAGAUCGAUGGUAAUGAUCAAAAAAGGAAAAGAGUGAAAUCUGAUUUGGAUAUUUCCCGCCUCUCUCCUUCUAUGCGGAGUCAUAUCGAAGCUUGUGUUAGCCUCAAAGAUGAGCAGGUUGCUGCAAGAGUCACCUCGGAUGCUGAGAAGGACGAGUGGUUCGUUGUGAAAGUGAUAAAUUUUGACGAGAAAACAAAGGAAUUUGAAGUUCUCGACGAGGAGCCAGGUGAUGAUGAAGAGGGCGGUGGCCAAAGGAAGUACAAGCUGCCUGCAUCUUGCAUUAUACCGUUCCCCAAGCGGAACGAUCCGUCUAGUACUCAAGAAUUCCCUGCUGGAAGACAAGUUCUGGCUGUUUAUCCUGGAACAACUGCACUCUAUAAGGCGACUGUCAUCAGUACUCCUCGAAAGAGGAAAUCGGACGAGUAUAUACUGGAAUUCGACGAUGACGAGGAAGAUGGAGCAUUGCCUCAGCGGACAGUACCGUUUCACAAGGUGGUUCCGUUGCCGGAAGGACAUCGGCAAUGAGAUGUAAUUUAUAUAAAUUUGUAUAAUAUAGAGCUGUAGCUGGCGUUUAAACCUGUGAAUCUGACCUAAUUUUCACGUGCCUUGUGUUAUUUGAUUAGUAGUGAAAGAUUGCCACUGAUAACUCUAUUGCUACUUCAGUUCUUCAUUACUUGUAAAUGGCUGCCAUUGGACUCGGUAUUCGACUCA